AUGUACUCCUCUGGCCCGUCAUCAACUGCUCAGGGGGCACGGGCUGGACGGACGGGGGCUGGUCGUGAGCCUGUACCUCUGCGCGACGCCGUAGCCGAGAUGACAGGCUUCAUCUCUAUGGAAGCUGCCGCCGCAGGCCGUGAUAAUGAACGGACCCAGACGGACCCCGUCGAGUUCACAGCAGCCUAA